AUGGCUGUAGAAUCCGAGAAGUUCCUUCACCUUUCGAGGCCCAUCGUGCCUGCGACGGCGAGCCUCCAGGGCAACAUUGCCCCGCUCAACGUCAAUAUCCAGCCUCAGGCUAUUCUCUCCAUCCUUGACCAUGCUGUCCGCCGCGACAUCAACGACACGCAGUCGACCCGCGUCAUCGGCGCCCUCGUCGGCACCCGCUCCGAAGAUGGCAUGGAGGUCGAGGUCCGCUCCUGCUUCGCCAUUCCCCAUACCGAGAACGAGGACCAAGUCGAGGUCGAUGUAGACUACCAGAAGAACAUGCUCGCCCUGACCCUCAAGGCCUCGCCGCGCGAGUCCCUCCUCGGAUGGUACACGACGAGCCACGAGCUCAACUCCUUCUCCGCCCUCAUCCAGAACUUCUUCGCCGCCCCCGACACGGGCACCUUCCCCCACCCCGCCGUCCACCUCACCAUCACGACCGACCCCGCCGCCGAGAUUGAGACGCGCGCCUACAUCUCUGCCCCCGUCGCCGUCAACGCCGAGCGCGCCGCCGAGUCCUGCCUCUUCAUCCAGGUGCCCCACAAGGUCCUCUACGGCGACGCCGAGCGCUCGGCCCUGACGGCCAUUGCCGCCGCCAAGGACACCGAGGACCGCUCCGCGCCCCUCAUCUCCGACAUUGAGGGCCUCGCCCGCUCCAUCGACCAGGCCACGGGCCUCAUCGACCGCGUCAGCGAGUGGGUCGGCGGCAUCCUCGACGAGGACGAGGAGCCCAACCACGCCAUCGGCCAGUACCUCAUGAACGCCCUCUCCCUCGCCCCCAAGGUCGACCCGGAGCAGAUGGAGUCGGACUUCAACAACCACAUCCAGGACGUCCUCAUGGUCUCCUACCUCGCCAACACCAUCCGCAACCAGAUCGACCUCUCGCAACGUCUGGCGACGGCCACCCUCAACAUGGGCGAGAAGGACGGCGAGAACAAGGCUGCCGACGGCGACAAGGGCGGCGAUUCGCGCGGCGGUCGCGGCGGCAAGAGGGGCGGUCGCGGCGGCGGCCGCGGCGGCAACCACAACCGGGAGCCACGGGAGCCCCGAGAGCCCAGGGAGCCCAGGGAACCUACCGAGUGA